GUCAACGUCACCGACCGGAAGUGAACGAAACAGUCUCACGCUAAACACGCAGCGCAGAGGGUCACAUUGGAAACACGUCAGUGUUUCAUAAUAAUAAACAAUCUAGUAACUAAUUACAGUAACUGAGGUGUAAAUGGAUCCGUCUAAAGCAGAGGAGCCACGCUUGCGACACGUGGAGAAAGAUGUGCUGAUUCCCAAGAUGAUGCGAGAGAAAGCCAAAGAGAGAUGCUCUCAGCUUGUGGACGCGUUCAACAGCUGCUGUAAGGACGCCGGCUUCUUCAUGGUGUUCAGGUGUCGAGAGGAGAACGCCGCUCUGAAAGAGUGUCUGACGCUGCAUUAUCAGGAUCCUGCGUUCUUCGAGGAGUGCAAACAGGAGUAUCUCAGAGAGAAACGCGAAUACGAACAGACGGGGAUUCCAGCCAAGAACAGAAAGCAGAAGCUUCCCACCAGCAUGUGAUGAACGUGAUGAAGAACACUGCAGCGAGGAGGAGGAGGAUGGACCAUGAAAGUCAUUUCUGGUCGUUUUUAGAGACGCUGUUGUCUCUGAUGGACGUUUUCUGUAUCUGUUGCAUUGCUGUGGUUUAUAUUCAUGAUUAGCUCUUAUGAAUCAUCACUAGUCUAAUAAGAAUUCAUAGAGAAUGUUUCUGAAUCACAUUAGAUGUGUAUCGUCCCACAGACCCCCGGGACUUACUGCCACAGAACCUGCGGUUUGUUUGUGUGUUUUAAAAUCCAUAGCUCAGAGUUAUUCAUGAUGCUCGUGUUCGGAUGAUUUUCAAUCAGUUUGUGCUUCAGAUUCAGGAAGUUGUUCAAUCAGAACCUCCUGGAACGAUCGUUCAGCUGCUGUAAUUCAGUGUCUGUAAUUGUUUGUAGCACUGUAGCAACAUUUUUAAAAAAUGCUAAAUAUAAUAUAAAUAACUGGUGA